AUGUCCGGGUUCAUUCAGAGUACCAUUGAAGGAUUUAUUCAAGAUGCUGCUAUUGAUUAUGGUAAUGAGUAUGCAGGUGAACAUUUCCAACCGACAAAGGAUCCAUUUUAUGAAGAAUUAAUUAAUCCAAAAACUGGUGAAAAGGAACAGAUAAAAAGAAAACUUCCAGAAGGUUAUUUUACCAAGCAGGAAACAAAAGAUUGGAAGAAAAUUAGAGACAAGGCAUGGAUUCAUGAUAGAAGUAUUUGUGGGUGUUGCUGUUGGACUGAUUUUGUCGGUUGGGCACCGAUAGUUUCAAUUUUACCAAUUAUUGGACCUGCAUUGAUGUAUUCAGUUCAUAAAAAAUUGAUUCAAUUAGCUGAUAAAAAGUUUCAUUUAUCUGCAGAAUUAAAGGUCAAAAUGUACAGUAAUAUUGGUGUUGAUUUGGCCAUCAGUUUAAUUCCUAUUUUAGGAUCGAUAUUUUCUUGGAUGAAUGCGUGUUCAACUAGAAAUGCGGCGAUGAUUUACAAUUUUAUCGUACAAAGAGCAAUGGAGCAAAGGAAAAGACAGGAAGUACAAGAACAUGCACAAAACCAAACACGUCAGUCACCGUCGCAACCACCACCUCUAACAUCAUCCCAAAAUUCUAGACGUCCUCAAGUAAGGAAUAAUCGGGAUGCUGAACAUAUGCAAAAAGAAAGAAGACGUCAAGAUCAGGAGAGAUUUCAAGGGUCACAACACAGGAAUGAAAAUCAAAGAAGGACACAACAGGGUCAACCGAACACAAGAAGAUACGAGCAAGAUCGACCAAAUCCAAUAAGUCACGAUCAAGAUCAACAAUUUCUUGAUGAGCAAGCUCGUGAACUCCAGCGUUAUGAACAAGAGAUGCAUGACAGACAAUUACAGCAACAAUUGCAGCACCAGCACCAGCAGCAACAACAACAAUUACACCAACAACAACAAUUCCAAGAGCAGCAACAGUACCAAAUGCACCAGAUGCAGGCACAACAAAGGAACCAACCCCCAUAUCCUGUAAACCAACCACCAUACCCAGUUAGCCAAAACUAUUACCACAAUAGUAAUAACAACCAACAGUAUUCUACUAGAUAA